AUGGAGGUGGACGAGGUGGUGUGUUUGCCAAGGUUGUCCCGGGUCGCCGUGUGCGGCGGCACCCAUGGCAAUGAGCUGUCUGGGGUGUACUUGGUGAGAGAGCUGCUGAAGGUGAAGAAGGAAGUGAUGGAGAAGAAGAAGGAGGAGGAGGAUGAGGAGGAAGAGCCUCUGUCGGUGUUGAUGGUGCUGUCGAACCCCCGGGCCGUGCAGCAGUGCCGCAGAUACGUCGACACCGACCUCAACCGCUGCUUCACUCACGCCACCCUCAAUGGUCCCACAUCAGGCGCUGUCCCCUACGAGCUGAUCAGAUCCCGGGAGCUGAACGCCACGCUGGGCCCCAAAGGAAGUUCCGCGGCAGUGGAUCUCGUUUGCGACCUCCACAACACCACGGCCAACAUGGGCCUGUGCCUCAUCGCGUACUCCGACUGCGACUGGAUCUGCCUGCACAUAUUCAGACACCUGCAGAGGAAGAUGCCAGAUAUACCAAUGAGGUACAUUCAUUUUGAAGUCUCCAAUAAAGAAUCGUACUCCCUUGAUUCAGUGGGGAAGCAUGGCUUUGCCAUGGAGAUCGGCCCCCAGCCCCACAGUGUGGUGAGGUCAAACAUCUAUACGGCAAUGAAAGAUGGCGUGCAGCACAUGCUCGAUUGGGUUUGUUUCUUCAACUCAGGUACUAUUUUUGAAGGAGAGUGCGUGGAUGUGUUCACCAUGAUUAAACACAUCGACUACCCAAGAGACAGUGAGACUCACAACAUCACAGCAGCCAUUCAUCCUCAGCUCCAGGACCGAGAUUUCUGCCUGCUUCACCCUGAAGACCCGCUGUUCCAGACUUUCUCGGGGGAAACUCUGAGGUACAAAGGAAAUGAACCCCUUUAUCCUUUCUUCAUCAAUGAAUGUGCUUAUUACGAGAAGGGCAUCGCUCUGUCGCUGGCGAGAAAAAGGCGCGUGAUGAUUCCCACAAUCCGGGUGCAGACAGAGCACGAACGACAAGCUCACGCACAGGAAUUUGCAUCAGAGGAAGAGGAGUGAGGAUGGACUUUAAAACACACCCGAUAUGAUGAGACUGAUGUGACUGUGAAAUACAUUUUUUACAAAAAAGCUUUUAUUGAAAUAACAGCAGUUGAUUGGAACACACACUCACACACGUGUAUGCUCGCUUACACUCACAUGAUACUUAAGUGUACAAUUAUUGACCGUUUCAGCUCACAACUGUUAACAAAAGCACAGUCAUACAUGGACAUUGGAUGUUAUAGCUACGCUACAGGGGAUUCAGGGAUGGAACAAUUGAAUUAAAGGGUUAAAUAUGCAAAAUACAAUCUGACUUAUCAUGAGACCCAUCAGACCACACAUUUCUUUUCACAGACAUCCUUUAGU